AUAUUUGACCUAUGGAUAACCCAUUAAGCUAAAAGCUUAUUUCCAAUGGGAUCCAUUAAAAGUACGAGAAAAAAAAUGAUCAAGUUGUUAUAUGAUCUAACUUACACGCAUAUACUUUGGUGUUUGAUUGAGAGAAAACAUGUGAAUAACCUAGCAUUUUGUCUCAAUCCGACAACUUAAUCAAUGUUAACAAAAAAUGAAAAACAUUACCAAACAAGAGGCUAAACUAAAAACAUAUUAUUGCAAAUAUGGAAACAUUUAAAUUCAAAUAGUAUAUAUCACAGAUUCCAAUUGUUUCUAUAUCACAUUUAUAUUCUUAUAUUAAUAAUACUUAUAUAUGUCCUCACUUAUCUCAGUUUGUUUGUUUUGUAGAUGUUUUUUAACCAUUCUUUUAAAUUUGUAAACAUUUUCCACUUUUUUAUGUCCUUUGGAAGGGAAUACCAGUAUGUAGACCCAGAGUUUUUGAAUGUUUUUUUAAAAUAAGCAUUUGUCACAGUUGGUAUUAUGAAAUUACUUUUUCCAGAUCUUGAUGAUUUUUCAAAGUUCUUGCUGAGAUAUGAAGGACAUUUUACAUAUAAUAAAUUUUAUGCAUAUAACUUAAUUUAAGUUGUUUCACUUUGUUUUCCACAUUUAACAUUUUAAAUUGUACAAAAUCAUCAAUGGUAAUGGAGGUUCUUGGUUCGUUAUCUUUAAUAAAUCUAAUAAUUUUAUUUUGCAUAAUUUGUAAUUUUUUUGUUUGUGCUUUAUUUAAACUAUGGAACCAAGAUGAACAACAAUAAUCAAAAUGGCAUUGUAAAAGAGCUGAACUUAAAAGUUUUCUAGAAUUAAAAUCUAAACAUGUUUUGUGUCUGUAUAAAAAUUUAAGUUUUGCAUUUACUUUAGAAACUAUGUUUUUUACAAUAUCAUCACCAGAAAGAGUAUCAACAAUCUGAAGGCCCAAAUACUUAACCUUCUUUACAUUUUUUAUUGUAUGGCCAUUACAAUUUACUGGAGACACUUUCAGUUUGCUUACUUUUCUUAUUGGCCCAAACAUAAUACAUGUAUACUCUGUUUUGCCGAGAUGUAGUGACAACUUGUUAUCCACUAGCUAUUCAGAACAACAUGCUAAAACAUGACCAAGCUUUUGGGAUAUACAAUCAGGAUCUUGAAAGUGUGUUAGAGUGAAAAAAUCAAACCCAUGCUUUUAGCUUAACAUACUGUUGUUAGUUGUUACAAGUAUAAUGAAGCUGAUGACAAUUAAAUUGUGAUUUGACUAUAAUUUUUAAAAGAUGUUAUGAAUUGAAGGAAAUGGAUAGCGAUCAGAACUUGUGCCUUGGUAUUGACCUUGGAACAACAUCGGUAAAGAUAUCAAUAAUAGACACAGCUACAAAGGAUCAAGUGUUUACCACAACUGAGGCAACAAACGCUUACAUAAGCUCUAAUGAUGGGAUUCAGGGUGCAGAGCAGAGCAUUCUUUUAAUCAUGGAUGCUAUUUGUGCCUGCAUAUUGCGAGCCACUGAUAAAACUAGGUCAAAUAUAGGUUGUAUUGCUGUGUCGGGCCAAAUGCAUGGAGUUGUUUUGUGGAACAGCGAGGGUAAGACUCCUUUAUCAAACACCUUGGAUCUUGCAUCUUUCACCAGUAACCUGUACACCUGGGAAGAUCGAAGAGCCACAACUCAGUUCCUUCUUAGCCUUCCCAAACCUGACUCACAUCAACCCAUAUCUGCAGGUUUUGGCAAUGUAACAUUGUUUUGGCUUGCUAGGAAUGAGCCUGAGUUGCUUGUUAAAUAUGACACGGCUGGGGGAGUGAUGGAUUACCUAACAACGCUAUUGUGUGGGCUGGAUAAGCCAGUCAUGAGCAAUCAAAUUGCUUGCAGCUGGGGCUACUUCAACUGUCAAACAGGCACAUGGAAUCUCAACAUUUUGAAAGACAAUGGUUUCCCAGUUCACCUGCUACCAGUCACCGUCGCUGGGGGUUCCAAGGUUGGGGAGCUGUGUGCUGAUUGGUUCGGGAUUCGCCGUGGCACACCUGUCCUGUCAGGCCUAGGGGAUUUACAGAGUUCUUUCAUGGCUGCUUCCAAGCUGCCAAAUGAUGCUGUGAUGAACAUCUCAACUUCUAGUCAGAUAGGAUUUCGCAUUGACUGCCCAGGAUUCUCGCCUCCAAAGCAAGAUGUUCCAGCCCCUGUGAGUUACUUCCCCUACUUUGAUAAUGGCUACCUUGCUGUGGCUGCCAGUCUUAACGGGGGAAACAUUCUGAAGGCGUUUGUAAGGAUGCUACAGCAGUGGGUAGGGACUCUAGGUUUAACCAUUCAUGAAGAAAGCAUUUGGCUCAAGCUGACUGAGAUUGCAUCGUAUCCUGAGAUAGCUGAAGAGUUCAGUAGGCCUGUUAUUCAUCCCUUUUUAUAUGGAGAACGCUAUAACCCCAAUCUUACAGCCAGUAUCAGUGGAAUGAGAGAGGAAAACUCAACACUGGAGUGCAUCUUCCAUGCUCUCUGCAAUGGACUGGUUGCCAAUUUACACCAGAUGAUGCCACUGUCAUUGUUGAUAGAGAGUGGGGUUGAGCGCGUGGUGUUGACUGGUUCCGUGAUCAGCCGUCAGCCCCACGUGAUGACCUGUGUGAAGAGGACAUACUCCCCGCUGCCCGUGAUGCUAGAGAUUGGGGCAGAGGCAUCAUACGGUGCAGCAUUAGUUGCAGCAAAAUACCUGCAGGUUCCAUGAAUGUCUGAGACACGUUCUGGGAAAACUGGGCUUAUUUUAUCUUCAUAAAGUACUGUCCCAGAUAAGCAUGUGUAGUCCGCACAGGCUAAUCAGGGACAACACUUUCCGGUGAUGUUUAUGGAAUUGUUUUUAACAAAG